AAGGGGGACACAUUCAUUUGUUCUUCUCCCAUAUCCGCUCUGUUCGCGAACGCAAGAAAAAAACAAAAAUCCCACAGUCGAGUCGCUUCGUCGACGUCUCAAGAUGGAAGGCAUCCACACUCACCCUUCCAACGCUGCGCAGGCCAAGGCCUUCACUGCGCCUGGCUCGCUGUCGUUCCCUGGCGGUGCCAAUGAGAUUGCGAGCACUACGGUGCCGACCAACGGUCCUGUGACCAACGGUGUUCCGCAGCAGGGCGUUCAACCCGCAAACGGUACUGGGGUGACUCCCGCGACCCCCGCUGCGACGCCUGGAGCUGGCCCUGCGGGGCCGAGUGGCAUCACUCCCACGCUCCAGAACAUUGUCGCGACAGUCAACUUGGACUGCCGCCUUGACCUGAAGACGAUUGCGCUGCAUGCUCGCAAUGCCGAGUACAAUCCCAAGCGUUUCGCUGCUGUCAUCAUGCGUAUUCGCGAGCCCAAGACGACGGCCCUCAUUUUUGCGAGCGGCAAGAUGGUCGUGACUGGCGCCAAGUCGGAAGACGACUCCAAGCUUGCGUCGCGCAAGUACGCUCGCAUCAUCCAGAAGCUUGGCUUCAAUGCCAAGUUUACCGACUUUAAGAUCCAGAACAUUGUCGGCUCCUGCGACAUCAAGUUCCCGAUCCGUCUGGAGGGUCUUGCUUCGAAGCACCACAACUUCAGCUCGUACGAGCCCGAGCUCUUCCCUGGACUUAUCUACCGCAUGAUCAAGCCGAAGAUCGUCCUCCUCAUCUUUGUGAGCGGCAAGAUCGUCCUGACGGGCGCCAAAGUUCGCGAGGAGAUCUACCAGGCGUUUGAGAUGAUCUACCCCGUGCUGCAAGACUUCCGCAAGAUUUGAGCUCUGCACUCGGCCAGCCUGA